GAUGCAUCAUGUGUUCAUUAAAGCAUGCGGAAAAAAAUGAAAUUAACUGCAGAACAACGGUAAAGAAUUUAAUAAUUGUGCUGUUUCGUUUUUUUCUUCUUGCACCUUUAAAAUGAAUAAGACGCUGUUAAUAUUGUGUUUACUUUAAAAUUGAAAUCAAACUGGAAACGUGAUAACUUGAUUAUGAUAAAGUGUGUUUUUGCACUGGAAGAAGUUUCCUGAUUGCUUUCUUUAUCUGCGCGGCUGGCGAUCGAUUGUGGUAUAAAUGUAAGACAGGAAUCCAUUUUCUGAGAUAAACAAACAGAUGUACAACAAUUUAAAAUAAGUGAAGUUUAUAAAAUAGGACAAACGUUUAAAUUGCGAAGCCUCCUUGUGGAAUUUUUAUCCAUAACAAUAUUCGGAACAUGAUAACGAUUCGACAACUAGAUACAUGUGAACCUACUUGUAUCAGACGGUCAUAGUAAUUGUAAGUUCAUUUCAAACAGGAUUGAAACACACACUUACAUUAUGCGGAAAAAUAGCGUUAUUGUUUUGCUGAUGCUUGUUUUAGUUGUAAACGCAGCGUACUGUUUUACCGUUAAAACGCCCGUUGGAUCUAUUUCUGGGCUAGAGGAGACACUGACAGUAGACGGACGCCAGUACCGGAUGUCAAAAUUCCUCAGUAUUCCAUUCGCAGAGUCAACAGCAGGUGAAAAUCGCUUCAUGAAGCCCAUCCCAAAGGCGCCAUUUUCGAGCACGUUCGAUGCCACUCAGCUGCCCAUGGCGUGUUAUCCAUCAUAUAAUGAGGCUGAACAGAAGUUAGACAAAUAUGUCAACUUUACGGAAGAUUGCUUAACACUCAAUGUGUUCGUGCCUCAUACUUUUGAGAAGAACGUGUCGCUUCCGGUUAUGGUUUGGAUCUACGGAGGCGCAUUUGUGGAGGGUGCCAGUGUGAUAUUUCCCGCGGAAGGCAUUAGUACCAUUGGUGACGGCAUUGUGGUCACAUUAAAUUAUAGACUUGGAAUGUUCGGAUUCAUUCAAAGCACGGACGGGAAACUUCCUGGUAACCAGGGUCUUUGGGAUCAGCACCUAGGGAUCAAAUGGGUCCACGAUAACAUAAAAGCGUUCACCGGAAACCCCAAUGACGUCACCAUAUUUGGAGAGUCGGCGGGUGGCGCAUCUGUUGUGUACCAGGCCUUAUAUCCGGGUAACCAAGGCUUCUUCCAGCGCGUGAUUGCUCAGAGUGGCUCCGCUUUGGCCUACUGGGCAAGUCAUGAAUUACCGAACGCAGAGGCUUUCAUCACUAAGAAGGGUUGCGACCAGGCUCCGGACCCAAUAGAAUGCCUUCGCGCCCUCACCCCCGGGCAACUUCAAGACAACGACACUUUACCAUGGGCACCGUUUGUAGACAAAGACUUUGUGAUCGCUUCGCCAAAAGAUAUUGUUUAUGGAACUGACUCAACAACUUCAAGCGCCCGCAAUUUCUUCGCAUCGUUAGACUUCAUGACUGGUGUGAAUAAUUUCGACGGCGCUUUAUAUCUCAGAGACGUCUGGCCAAACAUCCUGCACUAUUCAGAUAUGAACACGUUUGUCUUAACAAGAGACGAGUUUAUUAGGAUCGCAAUUCCAGCAGUGGUCAUUGACAUCAUCAAACCCAAGAACAUCCGAACUGCUCUAAUUGCCGAGGAGUUACUGAAUAUACAAUACACGGACUGGCAGCAUCCGAAUGACAGCGCCACCUUGCGGUUCAGUCUCACCAACAUGUCCAGUGACGUGGCGUUCUUCUACCCAGCAGUUUCCACGGUGAAGGGCCACGCGUUGCUCGGAAAGGGAAAGUCGUACUUGUACGAACUGAGCGUUGUCCCAACCACACAUGCCUUACAGACACCAAACUGGAUAUCCGGUUCAAACCACGCAGACGACAUUCAGUACGUGUUCGGGUAUCCGCUUUACGCCGGACCUCGCAGUACCGGAAACUACACGGAGGAGGAGCGACGACUUGCCAGGGGCAUGGUUACCAUGUGGACGAACUUCGCCAAGUCAGGGGAUCCAAACAAACCGGAAGAUGCCCGUCAGUUCACCAACGCCACGUGGGCCGAGUAUGACCUUGACUUUCAGAGCUUCCUACAGUUCACCUAUCAGGGAGCACUUCCGGGGUCCCAAUUCCAAGCGCGCCGGAUGCAGCUUUGGUCAGACCUCCUGCCCACUUCUUCCAAGAGAUUCCAAGGGAUUCCAUGGAUAGCUCAGCUUUCUUUCGAUGUACAUUGGAAUUAACGAGUACAUAUGUUUGUACAAAAUGAUGGUCACAACACGAUAGCUUUCAUUACAAAUUUACGUCAUAAACGUUGUGAAGACAAACUACAAUUUCAAAUGAAAUAAUGUAAUAGUAAAGGCAGCAAAACUAUGAUAUUUUCGAACUAAAAGGUCAAUAAACGACUUUACCUGUGCAAAUAUUGUCGAUUUUAUUAAAACAUAUCGGUGCAAAUUUCCAAAGUUUGAACCGACGGUAACUUUCCGACUUAUGUUAACCUGUAUAUAUAUGUUUAUUACACUAUGUGGAUUUGGUAAGUUAUUUAAGAAUUUUUGAUUUAAUAAAAUGAAUGUAUACAUUU